UGUGUUACACAUGCUGUGUAUCUUAUGAAUAGAGUGCCAAGCUUAGCUAUUUCCAACCAGAUUCCUUUUCAAGUAUUGCAUAAAGUGAUUCCUAACCUUGAUAACCUCAAAGUUUUUGGUUGUUUGUGUUAUGCAUCUACUUUACCUAGCAGCAGGCACAAGCUGAGUUCAAGGGCAAAGAAAUGCAUUUUUGUUGGUUAUACAGGAAGCCACAAAGGAACAUCAAAUCACAGACCACACAUGAGACUGAUCUAUCUCUACCAGUUCUUGAUUAUAAUGAUUGCAUGGAAUACUCAGAGGAACACACAGGUACUUCUAAUCCUUCAUGUGAUCAUCAUGUACUUGAAGAUACUUCAGGACAUUUACAACAUGAUGCUGAGCAAUCUGUAACUGUUGCUGAGCCAUCUGUAACUGUUGCUGAGCCACUUAGAAGGUCAUCGAGAAUUCGACAUGUUCCUGUCAAGUUGAAGGACUAUGAUUGCAGCAAAAAUAAACUACGACACACCACUCCUCAUUCUAUUUCUUCCUUUAUUUCAUAUAAAGGUGUAUCAAGUUCUCAGAGAAUCUUUGCUGCCUCUAUUUCAGCUUCUAAGGAACCACGUAGUUACAAUGAAGCUAUACAACAUGUUGAAUGGAAAAAUGCCAUGCAAGCAGAAAUUUGUGCAUUAGAGGAGAACAAAACAUGGAUUCUCACAUCUUUACCACCCGGAAAGAAGGCAAUUGGAUGCAAAUGGAUAUACAAAGUUAAGUACAAGUCCGAUGGAUCAAUAGAGAGGUAUAAAGCUAGAUUGGUAGCAAAAGGGUAUACCCAGCAGCCUGGAGUAGAUUAUACUGAAACGUUUUCACCAGUUGCUCGAAUUACCACCAUCAGAACACUCUUGGCAGUUGCAGCAGCCAAAAAUUGGCAUUUACAUCAAAUGGACAUCAACAAUGCCUUCUUACAUGGCGAUCUUAAUGAGGAAGUAUAUAUGACUCUUCCACCAGGAUUUCAGAGUAAGGAUUCUCAAAUUGUUUGCAAGCUUUUGAGAUCACUUUAUGGUUUAAAGCAGGCUAGUAGGCAAUGGAAUGCUAAACUCACCAGUGCUCUUCUUGAUAAAGGUUUUCUUCAAAGUACAGCAGAUCCCUCUCUUUUUAUCAGGAAGACUGAUAAUUGCUUUAUUGCUCUAUUGGUGUAUGUAGAUGAUAUAAUUGCUGCUAGUACUGAUUUGAUUGCUAUACAAGAUAUUAAAGAUUUCUUACAUACUACAUUCAAAAUCAAGGAUUUGGGUCAACUUAAAUUCUUUUUGGGACUGGAAGUUGCAAGGAGUACUCAUGGAAUCAAUCUUUGUCAAAGGAAAUAUACUUUGGACAUUUUGCAAGAGAUGGGAUAUCUUGAUUGUAAACCAGCUAAAUCUCCCAUAGUUGCAGGCACACGGCUUGUUCAAACUACUGAUAAUGUGCUGAAUGAUGUUGGUGCCUACAGAAGGUUAGUUGGUCGUUUGUUGUAUCUAAGUGCUACUCGACCAGACAUUGCCUUUGCAGUUCAGCAACUAAGUCAGUUCGUGGACAAGCCUUCUUCUUUACACUUGAUGGCAGCUCAAAGGGUGUUAAGAUUUCUUAAGGGAGCACCUGGUAAAGGACUUCACUUCCCUGCAAAAUCUAACUAUAAUACUCAAGCUUUUGCAGAUUCUGAUUGGGGUGGUUGCUUGGAGACUAGAAAAUCUAUCACAGGAUAUUGUGUGUUCUUGGACAAAGCCUUAAUAUCUUGGAAAUCCAAGAAACAGACUACAAUUGCUCGUUCUUCUUCGGAAGCUGAGUAUAGGGCAUUAGCUGCUGUGACAUGUGAGAUUCAAUGGCUUAAAUAUCUUUACCAGGAUCUUGGAAUACACGAAACAAAAGCAGCAGUGGUAUUUUGUGAUAACCAAUCAGCCAUUGCCAUUGCUGAAAAUCCCGUUUUUCAUGAAAGAACAAAACACAUUGAGAUAGAUUGUCACAUUAUACGGGAAAAGGUUCAAAAAGGAGUGAUCAAAUUAUUAUAUGUUCCUUCAGCACAUCAAGUGGCAGAUGGAUUCACAAAAUCUUUAUCAACACCUCAAUUCCUAUUAUUUCAGUCUAAGCUGGGAUUCCGAGACAUCUACACUCCAGCUUAUGGGGGGGUAUUAAGCAAUAAAAAUGAUGAGCUGUCAAUAGAAGAAUAGUAGUAGUUUCUAAAUAUAUUCUACUUACUAUAAAUAGACAAAGUAUUGUAAAUCCCAGUUAGUAAGACUGAUUUUGCGUAGAAUCUUUCAUUUUGGAAUAAACAAACUUUAUCUUCUGUAACGAACUUCAUCUUCUCGCUUUCUUCAUACGCCGGCCGCUGCUAAAAUUGCCCGGUUUGGAAAUGAAUAAAACGGUCUCUGAUCUUCUUCUCCUGAAAUUCAAAUGGUCCGAAAUAGCAAAUUGGCGGGCAGCUCUCGUCCAAGCGAAUUCGCGUUACGUAUGUAAUAAUGCGAUUCGGAAUCCAUUACUUCAUUUUCAUUAAACUGGAAAGUCCACAAUUGCUGUUGCCGUGAUCGUUUUUAGAACUCUUACUCUUGGAAGAAAUUGAUUUAUGUGAGGCAAUAAAAUGCCUUCGAAACAGAGGAUCACGUUAAAGCAAACACCCAUAAUAAUGGCGAGAAAUGUGGCUGGAAAUGGAUCGAGUAUACUAAUUUAAUCUAGAUGCCGCGCAUCAUGCAUUCUAUAUUGCUGUUUUCCAAAUUUCAAAUCUCAGAGUUUCACUUUCAUGAAUCAUGUAUACGAGUCUCAAGUACUUCUAAUCAAUCAAUAUUUAAUAAGAUAUACGAUAAUACGAAGUAUAUAUUAUAAAUAAUUAAAUAUAUUACUCGGUAUCAAAAUAACUCCAAAAUAAAUACUAGUAUAUCAGAUAAAGGGUAAAAUUUUAGAAUUUUUC